UGAUCGGCUUUUGCUACAGGUAGUACCGCUCUCAAAGCCACCCUUUUCUCCCUAUAGUCAGAUGCUGCUCAACUUUUCUUGAGCUUCUUGCCGCUUGAAGGCGUAAAGAUAUUAACUGGCCGCUUGGUGCAAAGAUUCACUGUGGCGAGAGUCCGGUUCUGAAGCGCGCACACAUUUCAGCACCCUGGACAGCGCACGGCGCCGCAGUGGCGAUGCGUGGAUUCAACCGGUGGCUUUCAAGCAGAGCAGCAGUGUGAGGAGACCGUUUGACUGAAUGUUACAUAAAGACCUCCUUGUGUUCUACAUGUGGGGAACGGUUCUUGCUUUCUGGAUCACUUGGACUAGUGUUUUCUUUUGUUCUUUGUAACACAGAGUCCGUCGACUCCAUCGUGUGGGUAGGCGUGCCUCUGGAUGCGUGGUAGACUCCAGGAGCCGUGUUGAGUAGCGUGGAAUAGCUGACUGUCAGGCGGGCGGAGUGUUGUUGGGGUGGUGGUGGUGGUGCCUAAGAGACCCUCCAUUUAUAAGGAUGCUGGUGGGAAAUGCCUGGAGACAGAGAUGACGAGAUUUGUCAAAAGGCACUUGAACUCCUGUCAGAUCUUUGUUCGAAGGGGGAAGUGCAGAACGAACACUGCCUGGAUUUUAUCUACUAUUUCCGAGAUCUUGCCAGGCCACGGUAUACGGAUUCAGAUAUAUCGGUGAGUCUGUUGUCACUGGUAGUGACUGCCUGUGGCUUGGCACUGUUUGGGGUCUCCCUGUUCGUUUCCUGGAAGCUCUGCUGGAUACCAUGGAGGGAACGGGGUCUCUCCCCCACCACCAAGGAGGCCCAUGGGCACCUCAACCCCACCCUGAGCCCUCUGCCCUCGCAGCUGGCACCCAGGCAGCCAGUUUACACAGCCGUGGACCCCCCGGUGCACACCCGCCGUGAGUCGUCACAAUGCUCCAUCGCCAGAGAGCCCACUCCUGUGGCGUCGGUGGUGUCAGUGGAGGCCGUGUCACCACCACCUGUGGUCAUGGCCACACCAGAGGCAGCUAUGAAGAUCAGUCACACAUCUCCAGAUAUCCCACUGGACGCCCAGACUAAGAGUCGGGAAAAUGGGGUUCACACCAACCCUCGUAUUCAGAGACAGACCACCGAACCCCCACCCUCUGAAAUUGGACAAGGGUCUAUUCGCAGACAUAUGAACCGGUCAAACCCAGACUUCAAUGUGGCCCAGUUCCAAAGGCAGGACUCCCUCACUGGAAUGGGGCUGGGUCUUGGUCGCCUGAAACCUGAGCUCUACAAACAGCGCUCCCUUGAGGGAGAUGAAGGCAGUCGCAGAGGUGGGGGCUGUGGGUGCCUCCACUUUAUUCUCAAAUUUGACUGUGACCUGGAACAGUUAAUAGUUAAGAUCCACAAAGCAGAGGAUCUUCCGGCCAAGGACUUCUCUGGUACCUCUGACCCUUAUGUUAAGAUCUACCUGCUCCCCGAUCGUAAGACCAAGCACCAGACCAAGGUGCACCGCAAGACGCUGAACCCUGUGUUUGAUGAGGUCUUCCUGUUUCCCGUGGCGUACUCUGAGCUUCCCACACGGAAGCUGCACUUCAGUGUCUAUGACUUCGACCGCUUUUCACGCCAUGACAUCAUUGGCCAAGUGGUUGUGGACAACUUCCUGGAUCUGGCAGAUUUCCCCAGGGAGACCAAACUCUGCCGGGAAAUCCAAUACGUCUCUUCGGACAAUGUGGACCUCGGGGAUCUGAUGUUUUCACUCUGUUACUUGCCCACUGCUGGCCGACUGACCAUUACGAUGAUAAAGGCCCGCAAUCUCAAGGCCAUGGAUAUCACUGGUGCAUCUGAUCCGUACGUGAAAGUUUCACUAAUGUGUGAAGGUCGCAGACUGAAAAAGAGGAAGACAUCGACGAAGAGGAACACACUGAAUCCAGUCUAUAAUGAGGCCAUAGUCUUUGAUGUCCCUCCAGAAAAUAUAGAGCAGAUCAGCCUUUUGAUUGCAGUGAUGGACUAUGACCGUGUGGGUCAUAAUGAGGUCAUCGGUGUGUGUCGAGUUGGCAACGAUGCAGACAGCCUCGGUCGAGACCACUGGAGUGAAAUGCUCACAUGUCCUCGAAAACCUGUCGCCCACUGGCAUCCUCUCGUUGAGUACCAGGGGAAUGCAGGUAGUAGCCAGGGUGGAUCCUGUAAUUCUCUGAAGACACCUCCUUCUCCGUAGCCUUGAGCAACACUUCACAAAAGAGCACGAGUCAACCUGAAGCCUUGGCUGUACGUUUGGACAGUAGUGCUGCUGGGUGCUGCACACAUAUGGUCCUAAAAGAAGAAUGCAGACAUCGAUAAACUACUGUGGAAAAGAGAGACACAAACUGUCUAGAGCCCCGCUCAGUUGGAUCAGUUGCAUGUUGAAUGACCACAAAGAUGGAUGUUUUCUUUUCUAUAAUGUUCCAUAAUAAAAAAAACAGGCGUAUGCAGACAUUUUAAGUCUGUGCUAUUCCUGGGUUUAUACAGUAGUACCUGUUUUUUACAUAGUCUUGUUACUUGUUUUAAUGAGGUGAGUCUGUAUUUGCACAAUGUACUUACAACCAGUUGAACUGCCAUAAUGUUUUUUAAUUUGGUGGUGAAUCGGUGCAUGAGGUCAUGAUUCGAUGGGAUAUCUUCUCCUCGUUUGUUUGUUUCCGUUCUAAUUUUGGGAAUAAGAUGUGUCGUUCUGUCGGUUGAUGUAUAGUGAUGGUUGAUUUCUAGACAAAGUAUCUGUAGGAAAAAUAUGUUAAAUGUUAUCAAUAAAUAUUAUUCCAUUAAAAAACAACAGUGUUGAUCUUUGCCAGUUCAAUUUGUGUUUGCAUUAGUACGUUUCUUGCACU